AUGGCUUGCAUAAAGCUAAAGCACCUCGAGGAAUAUCUGCAGACAGUGGACGACUUUAAGGAACCGAAGGUGCGACUCGAACAGUACCAGACACCGCCGCACAUCGCCAGCCAAGCACUGUACGCAAUUCAGACCCAGUACGGUGAUCUGGAGAACCGGAUGGUGCUGGACCUGGGCUGUGGUCCGGGCAUGCUUUCUAUCGGCGCUGCCCUACUCGGUGCCGACUAUGUGCUUGGGGUGGAAAUCGAUCCAGAUGCUGCUGAUGAGUUCCGGAACAACUGUGACGAGAUGGAGCUGAACAAUAUUGACUGCUUCCAGGCGGAUGUAAUAAACCUUCCCGCACUAUGGCCCGGUAAAUCGCCGUUCGAUACGGUGCUGCUUAAUCCACCGUUCGGCACCAAGAAAAACAGCGGAAUCGACGUUGCCUUCCUGAAAGUUGCCCUAACACUGGCCCGCGGUGCCGUUUAUUCCUUGCACAAAUCUGCCACCAGAGAGCACAUUAAGAAGAAGGCACAGGAGUGGAACGUUCGUGCAAGCCAGAUAGCGCAACUGCGCUACAAUCUGCCACAGACAUACAAAUUCCACAGACGGCCGAGCGUGGAUGUGGCCGUGGAUUUGUGGCGUUUUGAAAGUAAAGCCCGCUGCUAG